AUGGUUUGUUUAUCUGUCAAAGCAGUGCUCUUGGGGGCGGCCACUCUACCACAGCUUGCCCAAUCCGCUGGUCUUGAUACAGCUGCCGUGGCUCUCGGGAAGGCGUACUUUGGAACUGCCACAGAUAAUCCAGAGUUGACAGACACGGCCUACGAAACCCAAUUAAAUAACACACAAGACUUCGGUCAGAUCACCCCUGGAAACUCUCAAAAGUGGGAUGCUACGGAGCCGUCGCAGAAUACCUUCACCUUCACCAAUGGCGACGUGAUUGCCGAUUUGGCAGAGGCCAAUGGCCAAAAACUGCGGUGCCACAACCUUGUGUGGUAUGAACAGUUACCAAGCUGGGUCAGCAGUGGAACCUGGACCAACGCGACACUUCUUGCUGCAAUGAAGAACCACAUCACCAACGUGGUGACUCACUACAAAGGACAGUGCUAUGCGUGGGAUGUUGUGAACGAAGGUCUCGCCGACGACGGAACCUACCGUGACAAUAUCUUCUACCAAUACAUCGGCGAAGCUUACAUUCCAAUUGCCUUUGCGACAGCCGCUGCUGCCGACCCAGACGUCAAGUUAUACUAUAACGACUAUAACAUCGAGUCCGCUGGAUCCAAGGCCACUGCUGCGCAGAACAUCGUCAAGCUGGUCAAGUCAUACGGCGCCAAGAUCGAUGGUGUCGGUCUCCAGUCCCACUUCAUUGUCGGAAGCACACCCAGCCAAAGCGCGCAGGCAAGUCAAAUGGCUGCUUUUACAGCACUUGGUGUCGAGGUUGCUAUUACGGAGCUGGACAUUCGCAUGACACUACCUUCCACGGAUGCUUUACUUGCUCAGCAGAAGACGGACUACGCGAGCACUGUUGCCGCUUGUGCACAGACCAGCGGAUGUGUCGGCAUCACAAUUUGGGACUGGACUGACAAAUACUCUUGGGUCCCAAAUACUUUCUCGGGGCAGGGUGCGGCUUGUCCAUGGGAUGCAAACUUGGUUAAGAAGCCAGCUUACACAGGCAUCUUGACUGCUCUGGGGGGAACUGCAACUAGCACCUCUACAGCUACAUCUACUACUACUACGACCUCGUCUGGGUCCUCUAGUACUAGUGUUGCGCAGAAGUAUGGACAAUGUGGUGGGAGUGGCUGGACUGGGGCGACUACUUGUAUCAGUGGAACCACUUGCACCUAUUCCAACGAUUGGUACUCGCAGUGUCUUUGA